AUGUCAACCGAAGCACACCACACUGCCAUCACCAUACUGGAGAACAUUAUUGUCCUUGAGGUUGACAAUAUCUUACAAGGUUGGCCAGUGUAUGUCAUUAAUUUUACACCAGAAGACACUUGCCCUCAUAAAAUUAUUCUUCAUCUGAAAAACCCAUCUAAGUAUGAGCAUGUCACUGUUGAUUCAGAUGAUGAUGACAGCAAAUCUGGAGCUUGUGCAAGGGAAUAUAUUUUUUUGAUCAAAGCAGGGACAUUGACCACUAAUAGUGAUGCACAGGUGAUGGUAUACAUGGAGCACCCUGAUGGCCCAACUGUACAAUACAAACAUGAGGAGUCUUCCAAUGAUGGUGAUGACUCCAACAAAGAUGAGGCAUCUUCUGGUGAAGAUACCAAGCCACUUUCCAGCAAUAAUGCCAACCUGCCCCCUGGCAAAGAUACCAACCUGUCCUUUGGCAAGGAUACCCAGCCUACAAAGGCUGUUCAUGCAAUUCCAGUUGCUCUUGCUGGACUUCCUAAGGAUAUAAUUCCUACAAAGUGCAAGAGGUUUAUGACAUGGCCAGAAGCAGUGAAGGCUGUGGAGGAUACUGGUUGCAGCUCUGAGCACUCAGAUGGGGUUGCACAGUGA